GCACCGCAAGUUGCCCUUCUUCCAGAUGGGGGAUUCACAAGCUAAUUGCAAACGAAAGGAUUAUAAGACUUGGACUAUUGCAGAAAGCAACUUUUUGCUUGAACUUAUGGUUGAAGGUGCCAAAUUUGGAUGGCGUGAUAUUAAUGGUGUUAUAAGCAAACACUCGGUAGAGACAAGACUUCUACCUAAGCUUAAGGAAAAACUUGGUUAUGAAAUAACCUAUAAUCAGUACCAAAGCAGAGUUAAGUGGUUUAAAAAACAAUAUUCUAAUUACUCUCAACUUAUGCGUCAUAAUUCUGGAUUUGGAUGGGAUUCAAUCACAAAGAAAUUCACAGCCUCAGAAGAAGUGUGGUCUGAUUAUUUAAAGUCAAAUCCAUUACAUGGAAAUCUUAGAUCAGAUGCAUUUCCGGACUAUGAUGACUUGAGAAUUGCAGUAGGAAAUGGAACAGCCACAGGAUUGGGCUCGAUUGGUUUAGGUGAAGCCACAGAUGCUACAAUAUUAGGAGCACAAGAAGAUGACAUUGAUGGCAUAGAGGGACUAUCUUUUGAUCCAGAUACCAACACUUUUGUACAAAGUGAAAAUAUGUCAUCACCCCAAAAUACCUCCCCAUUCUUCUCAAGACAUUCAGAUCAACCUACAAAUGCAGGGAAUCCCUCUUCAUCAAAUAAAG